AUGUCUGAUCCAUAUAAUGUAGUCGAUUCACUUAUUAAAGACUAUCUCCAUUUUCGUGGCUUUACAGCAUCUUUAAAGACUUUUGAAACUGAUUCAAAUACAUCAAAAGAUAAAAAAUUUAAAGUAGACGCUAUAGUAGAAGACAUAGUAUCAUGUAUCGAAAAAUAUGAUAUCAUUUCACUUCGUGGAAUAUGGGAGUACCUAAAUAUUCGUGUCUUUACAUCACUAUCAUCAGAACAAAUAACAAUAGCAAGACAGUUAGAAAAUGAUAUUUAUAGAUUAUAUCUGGUGAAUACAAUUCAAAACAGAAAACAAUCAAAAGCAGUUGAAUUUUUUGAAAAAAAUAUGGACUUUUUAAGAAAUAAUAGUCAGUGGAAUGAAUGGUUUUCAUUACCAUACAUAGGAAAUCCUACUGAAUCUGAGAUUUUUAAAAAAUAUUUUACUAAACAAUGGCAUGAAAUUUUACUUGUUUCUUUACAUAAUUUUUUAUCAAUAUCAUUUUCUAAGGUAAAAGGCCCAACUUUACUUGAAUGUGUCAAUGAAAUGAUUAAAAAUGAUUCACCAGAUGAUUAUGUAUCAUAUCCAGGAGAUAAAGUUGAGUUUUCAAGAAGUCGUGUUGCAUCCUUUCAUUCUUUUGAUGAAUUAAUGGAUGAUUUUGCUAUUAUUGCACAGGCUUCUAAUGUUGAUAGAAAUAAACCUAAUAAAGGUGUUCUUAUAUCAAUGUUAAAAAAUAUUGCUGGUAGCAGGAGUUAA